CAUCUGACAGUUGACGUCGAUCUGAAUCGUGUCUCGACCCUACCUACGUACAGCCUUCAACGCGACAGCAUGACGAAUUCCUCUAGUUCCGAGUCAACAAAGAGCUACACAACCACCCUGAGUUAGCUCACAUCGUGUAUCUACACGUGUUCUAUCCCAAGUCCAGCAUCAAAUUACCCGCUCGACCACGUCUUACAGUACGGCGGCCAAUGUAUUUAGAAUGAAGGCCGUCCUCCCAGGAAGGCCAUCGUCGGAGCUUCAAGCUCUUGCGACCGGUAUCUGGGAGACGAAAGCCUAUAACGUCUAUGCGACUGGCAACGCAUUCGCUGUGCUUACCGAACCCGACGUGCUUAUCCAGACUGUAUACGAAGACCAUGACAGCGUCUUGGUCGCUGUCGCGUUCGACGAAUCUUCAGGAAAGAUAGCCACGAGCACGAGGUCCGUCGUGAGAGUCUAUGAGCCUUUCAGGAGCGACGACUAUUCUCGGAAAUGGACUCUUCAAUCAUCAUUCCCGAUACCGACACCCGGUACCCCAUGCCUAUCGUGGGGGGCAUCUGGGGAACUUCUCGUGGCAACAACUUCACUGCACCUAUACACGACAUCGGGGGAGCCGACACACUUCUGGGAGAAGCCACUACCGAAUGCGGCGAGAAUAGCCUCUUUCUCCCCGGAUUCCGAGUAUAUCGCCCUUGUGGGGGCUUACGAUUCUAUCGUCAAGGUGUGGCAUAGGCUGACCUACGGGACGGAAGGCGUUCUUUUCGACCUGGCUUGUCUCCCGCAUCCCGACGUUGUGACCAGAAUCCAAUGGCGCAAGGACCAUGAUACUUCCUCCAGGAUCAAUAACGCUCUAUAUACUAUCUGUGCUGAUCUCACCCUUCACAUCUGGGGGGCGUCUGACCCGUCCGAUCCGCAGCACUUGCACAUCUGCGGCAAAGUAGACCUGUCGUGGGCCGCACGAGAUCAUAGUCUGUACGGGAGUCCAUGCAUCUUCUUUCUCGAUGCCAGUGAAGUUGCGACAGCCAUCGAAAACAGCACGAAAUCGGGUGUCUGCCAGGAAAAGCAACGUAAGACCGCCCUCGAUCGCCUUAUCGCGGCCGCAAAUCAGAAAUCAGAGCUCUGUUUCAUUUUGGGUGGAGGCGACUCGCUCUCGGUUCUCGCUCUGGAGAACGUGGGAUCCGCGUCGCGAGACCUGGGGGUUACGAGCGUUGCCCACAUUGAAUCGAGUAGUUUAAUGGCUCGAUCUGAGGCAGAGUCAUUAGACACUCCAUCACACGUGGAAAUACAGGCCUACGGUACGCCGUCUUCUGGCCAACUCCGCAUCCUUCUUCACGAAUUCACGCACGGCCGCAUUCGGAUAUUCGAGGCCGAGCUCGUGGAUAUUAUAGCGUCCCACGUCGAGAAGCCGCUUCUGAACCUCCGGAGUGUCUGGUCUGGGCAUUCCGCACCAAUUCAAAAGGUCGUCCGCAAUUUCAGUGGGCGAGCAGUGGUUUCGAGGACGGCAGGUGGCGAUAGUAUCGUCUGGCGGCACUCGGGCCAGAGAGAUUCGCCCGAGCUCCUACGGCAGAGCAGCAUUCCCAACCAGGGUCACAUCCACCGUAUUUGUGUUUUACGUAAAGGUCGCUUCGUCGUCUUCCUGAAAAAUGAUACAAUCUCUCUGUGGGAUUGUCGUGAGCAGAAUGCGGUACUUCUCAGCUGUCAGAAGUAUAGCAUUGCUGGGAAGGCACUCUGUCUUCUUACUUUACCACGACCCGUACCUGAGGAUUACCAGACGGCAUAUAUAGCCACCGUCACCUCCGAACAAGAGGGUCUCGUCUGGGAGAUCUACCUACCGAAAUAUACGCGUCACGGGAGUAGGCAUGACGGCCGGAGGUCGUAUGCCAAUGGGCGUGGCCAUGUGUUCAUCCGGGAGUUCUGCAAUUUUCAAUGGACCGACGCCGAGGGCCUCGCGUACGUCCUACCCGUGGAUCCUGCCGGGUCUGUACCCGUCGUGUCGGGCUUCCUCGAUGUGUUUGCUAAAGACAUCGCUAUAUCAUACACCGAGACUGGCCGGGUUCACUUCUGGACUGCGCGUGUCAAUCUGACUGAGCGGCGCGUGGAAUGGCUCUCGACCUGCUCCACGGAGACCGGUCUUGAGAAGCCGGCUCUUGUCAGCGGGAGCACACUGAAAAAGGCAGCCUUGGUCGAUUCCUCGCGAUCCCAACUCUUCAUUUGGGAUAUUGGCGGCGCCCGGCUGGAGUACACCGAGGAUUAUCAAACACAACAUGCAAUCCGAGAUCUGGACUGGACAUCCACGCCCGACGGCCAGUCCAUUUUAGCUGUCGGCUUUCAGCACCGGGUCGUACUAUUAUGCCAGAUGCGCUUCGACUACCUUAACAAGGGCCCAGCCUGGGCUCCUAUUCGCGAAAUCAAUAUUCGAGAUCUAACACCGCAUCCAAUUGGAGAUUCCGUCUGGCUUGGAGAUGGACAUCUCGUUGUUGGUGCAGGUAACCAGUUAUUCGUUCACGGAAGGGGCUUUGACCUAUCCGAUGCCAGAAUCAGCAGCUUGCAGCUACCGUACAGGAAGCAUAAAGUCUGGGACCUGUUCGAAGCCGUUCAGCGAUGCAACGGACCACUGCCGGUGUUCCACCCCCAGUUCCUUAGUCAGUGCAUCCUCGCUGGCAAAACAGCCAUUGUGCACGAAGUCUUGAUAGCAUUGCACAAGGCAUUGAAGUACUUGCUCCCCGGGGAGGAACUUGAUGACUACUUGGGACUGGAUCUUGACGACUUUUAUACGGAGAAUGCCGCUUCCAAAGUCCCAUUCGAAUCGCAUCCCAACCGCUUUCAUGGUCACCCUUCGGCGGAAAGUGACGACAACGAGUCCUUCGAUGCUGACAUGGCCGCAACCAUCAACGAGCGUCUUACAAAAAUAGGAUUGUCGCACCUUUCUGGCCAUCAGCAGAUCCAACUCGCUGAUAUCAUCGAGUGUGCCGGCUUGGUCGAGGAGCAUCGUCGAUCGCUGGAUGAGAACGGUGCUCGCUUCAUGCUCUUCUUUCGCCAGCAUGCUCUCCGCAAGGGUCGUACCAAUGAAAUACAGAUGACAUGGCGCGAGAUUACAUGGGCCUACCACUCGACUAGCCAGGAUAUCCUACUUGACUUUGUGACACGCCAGUAUCACGGAUCAAUCCGGUGGGAACAUGCCCGAGAGAGCGGGAUGUUUAUGUGGCUCACCGACCACCACAAAGUGAUAAUGGAAUUCGAACGCAUUGCGCGAAACGAGUAUACGAAAAGCGAUGACAAGGACCCUAUUAAAUGCAGCCUAUACUAUCUGGCCUUGAAAAAGAAAACGGUUCUACAAGGGCUCUGGCGGAUGGCGAGUUGGCACCGUGAGCAAGCUGCUACACUAAGGCUUCUUUCAAAUAACUUCGAUGACCCCAGGUGGCGCACAGCAGCCCUCAAGAAUGCCUAUGCCUUACUUAGUAAACGGCGAUUUGAAUACGCCGCAGCAUUCUUCCUCCUAGCUGACAGGUUAGAAGACGCCGUUAAUGUCUGUUUAAAGCAGUUGAAGGAUCUACAACUCGCCAUUGCGGUCGCUCGCGUGUAUGAAGGUGAUGACGGCAAAGUCUUUCGCAGGCUUCUGGAGGAAGAAGUGUUGGGUGUCGCCGCCCGGGAAGGAAACCGAUGGCUUGCAUCCUGGGCAUUUUGGAUGCUGAACCGCAAGGACAUGGCGGUGCGAGCCUUAAUUACCCCGGUUUACACUCUGCUGGAGACCCCCUUAAUUCCUGACAUGAAGUCGAAGCUUUUCCUGACAGACGAUCCCGCGCUGGUCGUGCUGUACUCGCAAUUGCGACGGAAGACUUUGCAGACUCUCCGGGGCGCCUCGAAAGUGACGCCGCGGGCCGAAUGGGAAUUCGUCCUCCAUAGUGCGAAGCUUUACGGUCGGAUGGGCUGUGAUCUUCUUGGUCUCGAUCUUGUUCGUAAUUGGGAGUUCCCCCAGCCAACGAUUGGGGCUUCCGGCUUCGGCCGUGAGCUGAAUCCAAUCAAGCUACUGAGGCGGCGGAGUUCACUCGUUGUGGACGAUCGUCCGGCGUCGAAAUUGCAUACCGAUAUCCGAUCUGCCAAGCCAGCUGAGGCACACCCGCCCCCAACCAUAUUCCAGGAACCGGAUGCAAACUCACUUCUUGACAACUUUGGUUUUUGAUGCCGUACUGUUACAGUCCCAUGGAAGGUGUUUCGGGGGUCAUGUUGUUCCUCCUCGCCCAAGAUAGGCUUAAGGAACAACCAUCGGAACGUAACGAGGCGGAAGCAUACGCCAUACCGGGAGCUCGAUUUGUGUCGAAGAAGAGGAAUGGAGGAUCAUGGGGCGGUUACUGUCAAGGUUGUCCGGCAUAUGGCGAGCGGGAGAUUCCUACGCAUAAUCAUUUUGGGUAUGGACGACAAGGAACCACCAGCAGAAAGAGGACAUGCCUGGGCGAAUUUUCGAGAUUCUAAUAGUUGUCCAAUAUUCGCUGGCGAGCGUUUCCCGCAAAUCUCCAUUAGGUGCUUUAAUGCUCUCGUAACCCCCAUGCCUCCAUGUCAUGGGCCGCUUUGGGGUAAUAGGAUCCUCGCACAUUCUUGAAUCCCCU